AUGAAUGAGCACGAGAUCGAUCUAAUUCCCGAACUUGUGGUCAAAGAAAAUGAACCCGUCAGGUAUUCAAAGGACAGCAGCAGAAGAACUACAGGUUAUAGGGGGCAUUCUGCUUUAACUGAGAUAGAUGAAAUAACCAAGAUACCGAUCACGAUAAUAACCGGAUACCUCGGUUCAGGAAAAUCAACAUUAUUGGAAGAAAUUGCGAAAAAGGGUGACAGAAGGAUAGCAGUAAUUCUAAAUGAGUUUGGAGACUCAGCGGGUAUUGAAAAAUCAUUGACGAUAAAAGAAGGCAAUUCUCAAGAAUAUGAAGAAUGGUUGGAUUUAGGAAACGGAUGUCUUUGUUGCUCCGUUAAAGAUAACGGAGUCGCAGCUAUAGAGAGAUUGAUAGCCAAACGAAAGAGUUUUGAUUAUAUUCUACUUGAAACAACAGGCUUGGCCGACCCAGCUCCCAUAGCCACAAUGUUCUGGCUUGACGAUGCCUUAUCAUCAAAUGUCUACAUUGACGGUGUCGUCACAGUGAUAGACUCUGAAAACAUUGAAAAAUGGCUAUCGGAUACAGGAAGUCACGCCCAUGAGUCAACACAAACCGAUGGCGGUAUUACAAUUGCUCACCUGCAGAUUGCAAUGGCCGAUGUAAUUCUUUUGAACAAAAUUGAUAAAAUGAGCACGGAAGAUCUUGAUAGAUUGGAAGAAAGGGCCAAGUCCAUUAACGCUCUGGCACCAGUAUAUCGCUCAAGGUACGGUGACAUCGACCUCAAUAAAAUCUUGGAUUUGCACGCGUAUGAUACUAAAGACGUCUCACAAUUCGUAAGAGAUCAAGCUUUGUAUCAUGAUUCUACAAUCCACACGAUUUCUCUGGAGUUCCCGAAGGUUGACCCAGCCGGGUUUGAAAAGUUUGAACGAUUCCUGCAAGAUAUACUUUGGGCCGAGAAUGAUGUUGAGACAUGGAAUAUGGAGAUUUACAGAGCAAAAGGUUUAGUCUACUGUGGAACAAGCUUUAUGGUACUCCAAGCGGUGCGAAAAACGUACGAACUUAUAGAUGGUGGUGAAGAUAGACCAAAUCAGCAAGCAUUUCCAAACAGCAAGCUUGUUCUCAUAGGAAAAGGACUAUCGUUUGAAAAGCUGAAAACUCAUUUUCAAAAGUCCGUUGGGCUCUUCUUAAUUGAAAGCUAG